AUCUAUGCCUUAAACUGACAUGCAAAAUUUGACUAAAAAAGUAAAGUAUUAUUAAAUGUCUGAGGGGCAAGGGAGAAGAGGAGGGAAAGGACCGAAAGGACGCGGAAAGGGCGGGCGUCGUGGCAAGGGUCGGGGUCGGGGAAAUGAGUCGCGGCAAAGUGAAACCAGUGGCAGUGCUCCUGGUGGUGUACAACAGCAGAGCCAGAGGGACGAAGAGAGAGGCGCCACAGCUCUGCCAGUUGAACAACGAACACUGCAGACCGUAGAAUCACAACAGACAGGGGCAUCAUCAGAGCAAGUUUCUAGUGGCGGAGGAACAGAACAGAAAAGAACCCAAACUCCCAAGAAACAUAGGCAAAGAAAAAAACAUGUUGAACAAACAGCAGAACAACAUGGAGGCACUCCAGAAGCCAAAACUGCACCCGAGCAACAACCCAAAUCCCAACCACAGCUUGUUUCGCAGGAGCAAGUUGAGGCUCCAACCGAAAGCCCUUCUCUGAAACAGACUGAAAGAAGUAUAGGUAUGCUUUCCAAAAUUCGAUAAUAUAGUCUAUACUGACAUCAAAGUAAAAUUGUAUAUGCAUUAAUAUAUCCAUUUUUAACUUGUGGUGUGAUUAUUGGGGCAUGCAUAAAAUAUGCGCACAAUGUAUCCUAGGCCACAUGCAUCCUAGAAAACGAUUUUCAUUUAGCAUACUCUUGGAACUGAAAUAUUUUACACAAACUAUGAACACUUUCGAACACGCUGAGUUCAAAUCCGAAAGUUCCCUACUACUUCCCGUUCCGUAGACCCGCAGUUUUCUCACAAACUGCUAUUUAUCUUCACUAAUUAAAUUUCACGACAAAUUUUAUCCGGCAUUGUUCAACGACACGGAUCGAUGGAUGAAGACACACGAUUGCAUAACUCAAAAUGACUAAUUCCUAUCAGUAACCAGUCUCUACAUUUAACAAAAAGUCAAAAGACCGUUUUGCUUGGAUCAUUUUGAGUUAUGUAAUUUUAGGCGCUUUGGACGUAAACAACAUAUCUUGUCUACAACUUUGGGAAGGUACUAACCUGAAGUUCAGGCCCUAAUUUGAAAUAGGGCCUGACACAAAACCUGUCUAGACCCAAUCUCGUUCCCCGAGCAUGCCCGUUCGCAGGUUAAGGGUGGGCAUAGCUCUGGAGAAAUCGAAUUGAUUCAGGCCUGUGAUUGGCUAACGGCAGAUAGUACGUUGGAUUUCCAACGUGAGUUCUACGCAUGCUUGGCAAUUGCAGCAAAAUAUAAACAAAGCAUUUGGAAUUUCUCGUCGAAAAUAAAUGAAAAUUUGAUACUUUUUACACUGAAAUCGAUUGAAAACAACUAGAAAUUCUGGGGGAAAUAUGUGCGAAAGCUUCGGAUUGGUAGCGAUACAACUACCUGAAAAAUACAAGGAGAACUUCGACGUUUCGAGCGAAGGCGCUUCGACUUGUGCUGUUAGUGUUUGUAUACAUCGUACUUGACCUUUAUAUACUGUACUACCUAACACUACGUAUACCUUAAAUUCUGACAGGAGAGUUAAAUGUAAAUUUUAAAGCAUAAAAAUAUAUAAUACUUAUUAUUGAGGAGAUUAUAUUUAUCAGCAAAGGUCAAGUACGAUGUAUACAAACACUAACAAAUAUACAAAUCGAAGCGCCUUCGCUCGAAACGUCGAAGUUCUCCUUGUAUUUUUCAGGUAGCUGUAUCCCUAUCCAACCGAAGCUUUCGUACAUAUUUCCCCCAGAAUUUUUAGUUGUUUUCAAUUCGAUUUCAGUGUAAAAUGUAUCAAAUUUUCGACGCGAAAUUCUAAAUACUUUAUUUAUAUUUUGCAACAUUGCCGAGCAUGCGUAGAACUCACGUUGGAAAUUCAACGUGAAUCAAUUCGAUUUCUCCAGAGCUAUGCCCACCCUUAACCUGCGAAUGGGCAUGCUCGGGGAACGAGAUUGGUCUAGACCGUGGGACGCCCACAUGUUAUUUUUAGACACAACAUGCAAUAUGAUUGACAAGUGUUAUAGAUUUCGUUACACAAAAAAAUUAUAUUCUUAUGAACAUGUCCGCAGAGUGUGCAUUUGCUUUAUAAUUAAACUUAAAAAUUCAAGGUACUUUUAUAUAAAUAAGAUUCAGACAAAGAUUUAAUUAGUCAGUUCUGUGCAUGGCUAGACUGCCAAGCUUUCUCAAGGUCUCAACUUGCUGGACGCGGAUAUUAGGGAUACACUUUAUUAAAACGGGCUAACAACAGCAACAAUGAAAUUCUCAAUCGUACCACGAAGAAGGCGAUGUAGCUCAGAAAACAACGCCGGUAGGACCUGAUAUUAAAAAUAAGACUUUUGCCGGCGAAGCCAGUUGGCAGAACAUCUUGGCUGUGAACAAGCUUUCGAAUACAUGACUUAGUUUGGCUGUUCUUUCGGCGUCGUGUGUCCAAAAUUCGUCCAAGAUUUUGAUAAAGCCCUUUUAAAAUACUGUUUGUUUGAUUUAUUUUCUGCCAUAAAGCAUAAAAGAAAAAGAAAUUCGAAGAAAUCGAUAAUGGAAUUUGUACGUGCGUUUGACCUUUAUAUUAAUUGUUGCCUUGACCGAGCUAUUUUUAAAACUGUUGUUUAUGUAAACUUGCAACCAAUCAAAAUCCUUCAUGAUGCUGAUCAACCAAUCAGAUUUCCCGUCCACCAGGUGGACGGGAAUCUCACACUUUAGAUAGGUUUUGUGUCAGGCCCUAUUCUGUGAUUAGGGCCUGAACUUCAGGUUAGGAAGGUACCGAUAUCACUUUCUAAAAUCCUCAGUUCUGGCUCACGAACUCUCACGCCUAAAUUUUGGCAAGCGCGCGGACUCAUUUUUUUUUGGGCAUGGUGCAUGAAAUGUCAUUCUAUCAAAGUGUUUUAUUUUCUAUAAGCUAGAUAUUUCAUUGACCUUAGGUUCAUGGGGAUAAACAACUUUGUCAGUGUCAAAUAAACCUGGGUACGAGGUUGGCUUAGGCUAGCUGUUUUAUAGCCUACGUCGAAUUUCGGUCGCGUCGAUUAUCUCAUUAUCUAUUGUCUUAAUUGCAUUCGACGCGACCAAAAUUAGCCUACGUCUUAGACUCGAACUCGUUCCUCGUAGAAACGAGUUUGAGUCUAUGACGUAGACUAGACCAAAAUCCGACGUGUUGAAAAAAUUCUUUCAUGCAUGCAAUACACAAACUUUGUAUUUUUUACGAAAAUUUUAGUAAUUAUCUUUAAUAAAUAUACUACUGAAAACUUAAAGGUGAUCUACAGUCCGAUCUGCGCCUGUGCACAAAUGAGCCCACUUUUUAUGAUACAAACAGUUUAACUAUAUUUUGAGUUCUUGAAAAGCUUGAUUGUUGUUUCUGGAUCAUUUAUUAUACUCUAGAAGCUUGAAAAUAUAAAUAGUUGUCGAAUAAAGCUCAAUAUUUUGGACACAAAAAUGUAAACAAAGGCUUUGUUUACAUACGGAUUGUAGAUCACCUUUAAACUAUCUCAAUAAAAAUCAGUAUAGUUUCAAUUUAUUUUAUUGGGGGAGAAAGCUGAGAAAAUUGGUAAAAAUGAAAUGUAAAUCUAAUGUUUGGAAUCAAGUUUAAUUAAUUUAAAGUGAUUUAUUCAAUUAAAAAGACAAUAAUAUAGAUCAUAGUAGAUUAAGAACUAAUUAAAUUAUGACAAAAAAUAUACAAUAUUAAAACUUGGUUCUUAAUAGAAUCUUUGUCCUACAUAAAGUUUAAUACACUAGUUUCGCCACAAUGGCUGAAUAAAUCAGAUAUUUCAUAUCAAGUCAAGGUUUUGAUUUUGAAUGUAAGAGUGCCGUUCCCAGUUUAGCCGUGUCGAUUCUGCCGAACCUAAAAUUUUUAGAACAAAAAUUUCGUCGUGUAAACGCAAUAGGCGGACCGGGACCAAAAAGCGUGGGUCCGCGUGCCAAAAUUUAAGCGUGCUGUACCCAAAAUGACUGUCGUGUAAACGCCGGGCCUUUACAGGCUUUAGCUAUAUGCAUGUCUUUGAGCUGAGAAAUAAUAGUCCGUAUACAUCGCGGGCGAUCAUAAUGUUUUAUACAACGAUGUAAAGCGAAUAUUAUUAGCCAUUUCCCAAGUCUUGGUUGGGUCUAGUCGCGCAAAUACCAUGUUGGAGGGACAAGAAAUAUGGCAGCACACAUUUAACUAAUUAAAUGUUUAAUUUAAUGUAAAAAGGAGAUAUUUCAUUUUUGGUCGUCUGAAAAGCUGAUUUUGAUAGUAGAUACUUCUACUCUUUGUCUCUUUCACAUAUUUGACGCCUGUCUCCAUAUAUUUUGUCCCUCCAAACGAUUCCAGAGUGCAAAGGCUAAUUGGAAAGAGGCUUCCGUACAUGUUGAAAUCGCCAAAUAAACAGCUCAUGCACACAUUUCUCCACUUCGUCGUAAGUUUACAGAGCAGAACUUAUACUUUGCCCGCUUUGGCACUGAUCUUUGUCUUUGAUGUGAACAUUUAUUCUUCUAGUUUAAGGUUAUUUAAGAUUGAUCCUGUCGUAAGUCGUCUACCGGCAACCCAUCGACAAUAUUUCAUUUUAGCGUUGUCUUUGCCGUUACUUUUGUAUUUUUGUUUUAAAUACCUUGCUCGCGUUAAAAGAGUUAUUUAGUUUUCAGGCCAGUGGCAAUGACAUAGCCACUCAAAAGACUUAUAACAUUAACGUCCUUGUGAUUUUAUAGAGAUAUCCGCUCGAACUGAGGAUUUUAGCAAGCGUUAUCUGUACCUUCUCAAAGUUGUAAACAAGAUAUCAAAAUGAUUCGAGCAAAACGAUCAUUUGUUAAAAGGAAGUCUGGUUAAUAGAAAUUUGUCCUUUUGAGUGACGUAAUCAAGUGUCGGACACACGAUUAUGUCACUCAAAAGGAUUAACAUUCGUCAUCGAUCCGUGUCGUUGUACAAUGAAAACUUUGUCGUAAAAUUAGUGAAGAUAAAAUAGCAGUUUGUGAGAAAGCUGCAGGUCUGAAAUUUGAACUCACCGUGCUUGAAAGUGUCAGUUCCCGUAAAAAUAUUUCAGUUCCAAGACAUGCUAAAUGAAAGUGAACGAUAUCGGGACGCAGCAAAUGGCCUAAAAUUACCGGAUCUAUUUACCCUACACGCAACUACAUUCAUGCAUCGCUACCAUCACCAUAAAUUACCAUCCGUCUUCAAUGACUUAUUCGUUCCAGUAAACAAAGUACAUAGUUACAACACUAGACUUGCAUCUAAGCAAACAUAUUCUUUACCAAAAACCAAGAUAUCAUACCACGAUAAAUACCAAGAUAAGAUACCAAGGACCUAAAAUAUGGAAUUCUCUGCCUGAAAGUGAGAAAAAGUUGUCAGCAUCUUAGUUAAAAACGUUUAAAACUUCGUUUUAUUGAGUCGUAUUAGGUCAAUAGUUUAUAUACUAUUUUGCUUAAAAGGUGAUUGAAUUGUUUGGGUUUUUUGUCUUUUUUUUGCUGUUGUUUUUUGUCAUGUUCGUCUCUACGUUUGUCCUGUUUGAUAUUUUCGCCGACUAAUUAAAUAUCGAAAAUCUCCACUAUGUUGUCUUACUCUAUGGACGUUAUCUGCCUAAUUCAGUUAGCCCUUAUGGUUAUUUUAGGCAUGCCGAUAGUACUCACACCUACUAUACGGAUUAAGUAAUUAAAGUAAUAAUUUAUAAUGGGUGAAUAAAUUCUUCUUCUUCUUCUUCAAGGUGAACAAGUACGAAAACAACCUCUUCAAAAACAACAGUUGAAGCAACAAGAUCAAACCGAUGGAGCAUUCCCAAGCAAACCUGUGCAAGGACCAACAUCAGGUGCCCAAGAUGGUGCAAAACCGAAAACUGUUCCAAUAACACCCCAACAACAACCCUCAAAAACACCCCCAUCUCAACCAGCUGGUAAACAACAACGUCAAGCAACUAAACCACAGAUACCCGUCCAGCAACAACCAACUGGUCCACCUCGGGCGGAAAAAGGUGAAUUAAGACCACCAUUACGACCUGAUAAAGGCGGCACAGCUGGUAGACCCAUUCGCCUCAGAGCGAACUUCCUACACGUACAGUUACCUACAAAUGAUAUACACCACUAUGACACUACUAUACAAGCAAAUUUUAAAACAAGACCCGGCGGUGAUGGAUACACUAAGUCAGAAGCCGCAAAGAUCAUUCAUAAAAUGGUGGAACAAUACGAGAAAGUAAAUCCAAGUGGUCCCAAACUUGUUUAUGAUAAAGAUGGGAAGAAUCUUUAUUGUCGUACACCAAUUCCAGGAAUUGGAAAAGACAAAAAAGAAUUCAAGAUAACAUUUAUAACAGACAACGGCAAAGAACGUGAGUAUACAGUUACAAUUCAAUGGGCAUCUAAAGUCAGCCUCUAUAACCUGAAUGAAGCUCUCGAAGGACGAUUAACUGAAAUACCCCGGGACACCUUUCAAGCUGUUCAAACUGUUCUCAGAUUUUUGCCGGCAAUGACGAGCAUUCCAAUUGGUCAAUCAUUCUUCAGUUACCCAGAUGGAGGUGAAAAGAAUCUUGGCCUUGGUUUUCAAAUUUGGGAUGGGCGGUUCGUCAGCAUUCGUCCAACCCAGUGGAAAAUGAUGCUAAAUGUAGACACAUGUUCUACAGCCUUCUACAAAGCACAGCCUGUCCUCCACUUCAUGUGCGAAUACCUUGAGCUUAACCAAAUCCCAGCUAGAUUGAACAGGGGUCAAUCUAGAAUAUUCCGCAAGGAAAUGAAAACCAUUCAGAUUGAAACAACUCACGUAAAAAGAAAACAAAGGGUUUCUGGUCUUUCCGAGAAAUCAUCAAAGGAGGAGAAAUUUCCACUUGAAGAUGGAAAGAUGAUCAGCGUUUUUGAUUAUUUCAAGUCGAAGCAUAACAUUACUCUAAGGUACCCCGACCUGCCUUGUUUAAAGAUUGGCCAGAAAAGCCUUAUUCCGAUGGAAUUAUGCAACAUUGUGCAAGGUCAACGAAAGCAAGGAAGGCUGACUCCAAACCAAACGCGAGAAAUGAUUCGAUACACUGCCCUCCCUGCUCCACAACGCCAGCAAGAAAUUUCCAAGUUGAUAAGAAAUGCUAAGUUUGAUGAAGAUCCUUACUGCAGAGAUUUUGGCAUCAAAGUGGGCAAAGAAAUGGCCACUAUCGAAGGCAGAGUUUUAGAUCCUCCCCUGUUAAACUAUGGUCCAUCUAAUAAACCACUCGUUGAGAGGCCACGAGACGGUGUUUGGAACAUGCAAAACAAGCCAAUGUACACACCGAAAGAGUUGAAUGAGUGGGCAAUCAUUUCAUAUGAAAACCCAAGAUUCCUUGACGAUCGGGCGAUAGACAACUUCAUCAACAGACUUGUUAUGGCAGGCAAGGAAAAGCAGCUUCGCAUUCACGCAUCGCCCUGUCGCAAAGCAAUACAACGCGGUUAUGAAGGCAUUGGACAUCUCUUUGAUCAGCUCAACAAGGAUUUCACCAACCUGCAACUUAUCAUUGUCCUUUUACCUGGAAGGGGCAGCACUGAUGAGUAUUAUGAAGAGGUGAAACACUUCGGCGACGUUGUCUAUGGUAUUCGUACCCAGUGUAUCAAGUCUAACAAUGCAAAGAAAGCGGACAUGCAAACAUUGGCAAACAUCUGUCUAAAGAUCAAUGCGAAGCUAGGUGGGACCACUUCAGUCAUAGACAAAGGUAUCCGAUCCCCAAUUCUCAAACGUCCGGUUGUCAUUUUUGGUGCUGAUGUCACCCAUCCUGCCCCGGCAGAUGAGACCUCGCCCUCGAUUGCUGCCGUUGUAGCUAGCAUGGAUUCGCAUCCAAACCUUUAUAGCGCCGAGGUACGAGUCCAGAAGCAUUUUAAGAAGAAGAGCCUUGAAGGGAUUGUCGAGUUGAAAGAGAUGGUAGUAAUCCUACUCAAAAAAUUCCGGUCAUCUACGGGAGUUGCACCAGAGAAGAUUAUUUUCUAUCGAGAUGGCGUGAGUGAAGGGCAGUUCAAAGAGGUCUUAAUUCACGAGCUUCAAGCUUUUCAACACGCAUGUCGCGAGCUUCACCCAAAUUACAAACCCCAAAUCACCUUCAUUGUCGUUCAGAAGCGCCACCAUGCUCGGUUCUUUGCCGAAAAUCCAAGGGACCAACGCGGAAAGAGCAAGAACAUCCCAGCCGGGACAAUUGUCGACAAACAAGUAUGUCAUCCAUUUGAAUUCGAUUGGUACCUCUGCAGCCACGCUGGUAUACAAGGUACCAGCAAACCGGCCCAUUACCACGUGUUGUACGAUGACAGUAACUUCAAAUCGGAUGAAUUACAGAUUCUUACCAAUCAGUUGUGCCACACCUACGUCCGAUGUGCCAGAGCAGUGUCCAUCCCCGCCCCUGUCUAUUACGCCCACCACGUGGCGUUUCGAGCCCGCUACCAUCUGAAGGAGGUCGACCGAGGGAGCAGCGAAGGCAGCACGGCGUCUGGCGGAGAAGUUGUUACUCUGGAAAAAGAGGAACUGAUUCGAGCUGUGAGGAUCCAUGACAAACUAAGUUCAACGAUGUACUUUGCAUAGAAAUCAUACGAACUGUGUUAUAUUGGUAAAAUCGAAUAAAGGGUAACUUUGAUUUGCAUAUGUGAAGUUACAGCAAUCUCAGAUAAAACAUUGAAGAGAACAUAUACGACGUUUUCUUCUUAGAUACAACCAAUGGCAUCAAUUUUGUAAGUUGAGUUUAUGGUUAUAUAGUUAAAAUUUUAUUGACAAGCUAUCGAAAAUGAAUGCUAUACCCUUCCCGACUGCCCCCGAUUUGAUUUGACUCCAAUGGCAAGAACUAUUUAUGCUUUGUCUUUAAAUUUUUUUUCGAAAAGAUUGCAUUUCAAAAAUCGGAAUGUAGAUGUUUAAAUUAAGAUUUGAAUAAUUCAAAAAUACGUUGGGGGAAAAAUAGAAGCAUUCUAUUUUCGAUAGAUAAUAUAUAUAAACAUUCAAUAUAUAAUCGACAUAUAAGUGGUACAGUAUAUUAAUUAAUUAAUUAAUUAAUUAAUUAAUGAUAUAUUUGAGUUAGCCUGCAGAGAACAAUUAAUGAACAGUCUCGGACAGACGGACAGUUUAAUGAUAAAGUAAGAAUGGGCCAUUCCAUUUAAUAUCUACACCCCCCUGUCGACGACGUCUUCGGAGGGGUCCUGAAAAUUUGUAUUUCUUAGGGGUUCUAAAAAUGGUAAUUUCCGAAGGGAACAAAAAAAUCGCAUUUUCUUAAGGGUUUUCGCUAAUCA